AUGAUCAGUCGAUCGUCGUCCGCUGGAUCGUUCACACUCGAUACGCGUUACGGCAAGUCGAAGCGCUUCGCAGACUUAAAGCUCUCCACCUGCGCUUCGUGGUCCAUCGCCGUCCUAUGCGGCUUCCUCCUAAUCUGGCGCCUCGUCUCUCCCCACUGCAACUGCCCUCCGCAACCCGUUCCCGUACCCGUUCCCGCUCCACCUGCCCCGCUACAAGCAACCCAUUUCGGUACAAUAACAGGCGGUUUUCGAAUCUUAGAUCCUGGCGAGCCUGUAGACCCGUACGUAGUUAAGAAGUUCGGUCCGGAGAUCUGCAACAGGAAGCGCUACCCGCCAACGCAGGCGUUACAGGCCGACUCGGUGACCAUCCUAAUUAACGGCUACGCCGAAGCGCGAAUACCGUUGUUGCAGGAGACACUGCAGAUUUACGCGGAGAGCCCGUUAGUGGACGCGAUUUAUGUUCUAUGGGGGAACGUAUCGUCGCCUUUCUCCGUGGUUGAGGGGGAUUUGGGGUGGUGGGAUGACGGGUCAAGUGGGGAAGGAGCGGCAGCGGCGGCGGCGGCGGCGGUUGAGCGAGCCGAAAAAAUCGCCACGCAGGAACGAGAAGACGGCAUUCCCGGCGGGAAUCACGGAUCGGGCGGGGGGAUUCGCGUCGGCGGCCCGGAUUCGAAGAUUCACAUAGUUAGACAGCUGUCCGACAGCCUGAACGACCGGUUCCUUCCGCGAAAGUUCAUUCGCACGCGAGCGGUGAUUAUAUGCGACGAUGACAUUACGAUCGACGAUAAGACGCUGGAAUUCGCGCUGCGGGUUUGGGGGGAGAACGAGCAGCGGCUGGUGGGAUUCUUCCCGCGCGCGCACGUGUACAGUUUGGAGGAGAAGGGAUGGGUGUAUACGAAGCGCGAGGACCGGUAUUCCAUAGUGUUAACGAAGCUGUUUAUACUGCAUGCAGAUUAUCUUUUUAGGUACACGUGUCACACGCCGGAGGGGGUGAAGGAGUACGUGGAUUCGGGGAAGAAUUGCGAAGACAUCGCGAUGAACUUCGUCGUUUCGCAGCGCGCGAAAGUCGGGCCGCUAUUGGUGGACGGGAAGCCUCGGGAUUGGGGCGACACGCGGAACUCGGAGAAGGAGCUGAGCGACGUGGGGCUGAGCGCGCGCGCGGGGCACAAGAAGGACCGCGGCGGAUGCAUCGGCGCGUUCCAGCGGCUGUGGGGCGGCAUGGAGCUGAGAUAUAGUUAUUCCAAGGCGACUCCGGAUGUCAAAGAGAUGGUGAGUGGCGCGGAUGGCAACAUGAAGGAGCUGAGCGACGUGGGGCUGAGCGCGCGCGCGGGGCACAAGAAGGACCGCGGCGGAUGCAUCGGCGCGUUCCAGCGGCUGUGGGGCGGCAUGGAGUUGAGAUAUAGUUAUUCCAAGGCGACGCCGGAUGUCAAAGAGAUGGUGUUUUGCGACAAGUUCGGGUACAUGAUUCACUGUGACGACCGCGCGUUGACGCGCAUGCAGGCAGCGAGGGCAGCGGGGUUGCACCGAGUGGUGGUGGAGCAGCGCUACGCCUACACCACGCUCGUCGCCUCUGCUGACCUGCUGCCCGCUGCCCUCGCCCACGCGCAGUCCCUCAGGCUGACGGGCACGGCGCAUGACCUUGUAUUGAUGGUGGAUGGGAACGCGCAUGACGUGAAUGUGAACGACCGAUUGUUGCUGCUGCAUUUUGAUCACGUUCGGAGAGUGCCGACUGUCAACAACCCAUAUGGCGUGAAGGGCUUCUCGAAGCUGAAUGCGUGGCAGAUGACGGAGUACGACAAGGUGGUCUAUAUCGACGUGGAUACUCUCGUGCUCGCCAACCUGGACCAUCUCUUUGAACGCCCCGAGCCCACCGCCGUGCCCGAUGUGUACAUGAGCAGCAAGUUCAACAGCGGACUGCUCGUGCUGAAGCCGUCUCACUCCACGUAUGCUGACAUGAUGGCCAAGAUGCACCGUCUCCCCUCGUACAACAAGGGCGACCAAGGCUUCCUCAACGCCUACUUCUCCGGCUGGUUCCACAUGCCCCCAGCGCACCGCCUCGCCGCGCGGUACAACGCCGUCAUCUUCUUCCCCGACCACUACCACCCGCCGCCCUGGUUCCGCGUCGAGGCCGCCCACGAGGCCCUCAACGGACCAAUCAUGAUGGUCCAUUUCGCCAACCCCUGGUUUAAACCCUGGCGGCUGGGGACGCAGGAGGGCGGGGUGGUGGGGAUACACGGGGGAGAGGGUGGCGGGGGAGGGGGAGGAGGCGGGGGAGGAGGGGGAGGGGGUGGGGGAGGGGGUGGGGGAGGGGGGAAAGGUGGGGGGAGUUUGUCGUCUGCACUGUCGUCUACUCUGGCUUCGUCUCUCACGUCGGGUCAGAGCGGGGUGAGCCGAGAGGCCGUUGAGGCAGCAGCAGCGGCGACUCUGCAAGCAGUAGCAGCAGGAGGAAGCGGGAACAGCACAGCAGGAGCAGCGGGCGCUGCUAGUGGGGUAGGCGGAGGAGGGGUGACCGAAGGGGGAGCAGGAGGGGCAGGAGGGGUGGUGGUAACAGCAGACGGCGGGCCACAGGUGAAGGUAAACCUCUGGUGCUCGCUCUGGCUGUACCUCGCUCAUGCACUGGAGGAAAACGACUGGUACCCGCUCGACCCUACCUCCAUCUCCCUCACGCACUUCCUCCCCAACCGUGCCCAGUACGACUCCCUCCUCCCCGCCCACGCCAAGGCCCGCGGGGCCUCCGCCGCAGCCGCCGAAGCAGCCGCAGCAGCGGGAGCAGCAGCAGCGCAAACCACAUCUGCUGGGUUGCCUUCCGCCCCGACGCUGCUCUCCUCGCUGGUGGCACAUGAGCCGGUGAUUCCCGCCCGGCCCACUUACAUCGGCCGAGAGGGCUUUGUCACUCUGAUCACCAAAGAUAACUACUUUGCAGCGGGGGUGUGGGCCGCGUCGUACCUGCAGCACCACUCGUUCUCGUCCUUCCGGAAGAUUCUCCUUCUCGUGCUGUCCACAGUCCCUAGAGACCACUGGCAGCCGUACCGCAAGCUCUUCAACUACGUCCGCGCGGUGGACCCGAUAGUGGUGAACGGGCGGCAGCUGGAAGAUUCUUUUGCCGUGCUGCACGCGUGGAACCAGAAGGGGUUCGACAAGCUUGUGUAUGUCGAUCCCGUCGCGCUUUUUGUCGAUAAUUGUAACGAGCUGGUUACCAGUUACGACGCUUUCGCGGCCCCGCCGAGCGUGUUCCCCCCAGACAUGUUCACGUCCCGAGUGAUGGUUCUCCAGCCCAACUCCACGACAUUCGAAGACAUGGUUGCGAAACUACCGGUUUUGCCCUACCCGGAAGGGUCGGUGGACCGGUUUUUGAACGCGUAUUACCACGGGUGGUUCUCGUGGGCGCCUGCACACCGGAUUCCGCCGUCGUUUGCGGUGGACAUGUGGUUCAAGGAAGGGCUCAUGAAGUUCUUCGUGCCGUGGCGCAUCGUGAUGUUUGACUCGCGGGCCGUGCCAUGGAGCGAUAUCAGCGACUGGAUGGCGCACGACCGCACCAAGGCUGUGAAGCUCUGGCGAAGGACGUUCUGCAGUUUGGAGGACACGUUGAGACCACCUUCUCUGGCACAUUUGUGUGCGGAUCUUAUAUAA